GUAGUAAAUGUCACAUUGACUGAGUCACGAAAACAAGAUUUUAGCCAAUUUGUUGAUAAAUCUAUGAAAUUAUUACAAUUGGCUAGCGUAUUUGCAGCUGUGAUAAAAGAUUCCAUAGAAAAAAUAAUAUAAUAACACAAUAAUGGAUUUAACACGACUACCUAAUGACAAGAAGCUGCAACUUUGCAGAUGGUAUUUCAAAGUGGGCUGCUUGCUUCUACCUUUUGUAUGGGCUGUCAAUGCCGUGUGGUUCUUCAAGGAAGCCUUUAUGAAGCCUCCUUAUGAUGAACAGAAGCAGAUAAAGAAAUAUGUAGUGAUGAGUGCAACAGGCGCGGCGGUGUGGGUGGCGGCCCUCGCGGUGUGGGUCACUGUGUUCCAGUUGCAGCGGGUCGCUUGGGGACCCACCGGGGACUCCCUGUCCUUCAUAGUGCCACUUGGGAGGGCCUAGGAAGGGCCCAGCUGUGAACUUGCACUACAGUGAUGUGAUUCAGUGUUGAACUGUGUGGGAGGGUGCUGAAGUGUUGUUGAUGUCAAGGAGUAUUGUGGACAGGAGAUGGGUUUGUAAUUUUGUAUAUUUGUUAAUGUGAUUAUAACUGAGAUUGAUGUGUAAUUAAUAGAUUUAAAACAUCUAAAUACCCACAUUUCUAAAUGUCACUAAAUUCUAAUGUUAUCAAAAUUGGUCUAGUAGUUUUUGUAGUUGUAAAUUCCAUUGUCAUUCAGUUUGAAGCUAUCGUGACAAUAUCAGCCUGCUAGCCUAUCGGGAAGUGCCUCAAAAUUUAGUUACAAACAAGUCAAGUCAGUCCAUAAAAACAUGGGAAAAGCUCAUGUUUAUUUCAAAUUCUAUCAGUUUUUGUAGUAUACAACAUACAUAGGUACUUUAGAACUAGGCUAUUCCUAAUUUAGUAGGUGUUUUAAUUGGUAUAAGACCAUUUACAAAUAUACAAUAUUGGAAGUUGGGACUUGUUGUAGAUCCAGGUUAAGAAUGAUUGUAUUGAAUGAAUUGAAGUUAAGUUUUAUAACCUAUGAUAUUUAUAAGUUGGCUUAUUAAUUAAAGAGUUAUUGGUAAUGAAAUGAGGCUUUCCUUCCAAGAAAUAUUGAAAAUAAAAAAUCAAUGCGAAAACUUGUGCAGGACUGAUAUGGCCAAUUUUUGUUCUGAAACAUGUCCAGAAAGAUGUGUUUUUGAAUGGUAAAUUAAGUGGUAAAAUUGGUUACAAAGGCCGUCUGACAUUUCUUUCUUUUAAUGUGAAUUAAAUGUGAAAAAAAAAUUGUUAGCCAAGUCCAAAGUUUCGACUAAUAGAACAUCCAUACAUGCUUUCUUUGUACCCACAUGUAAUAUUUAAGUAACUACUUAUGUUAUUUGUAACUGUAAAAUAAUUAAACUUGUAUAAAG